AUGAGUUUAUUGGAGAAAUUUCUUGAAAUUUAGAAUAAUCUCUCGAGUUCUCAAUUAUUCGCUGUUAAUCUUAAAGGGUUCGAGUAAUUUUCUGAGGAAUUAUUUUGUCGCGAUUCUAAUUUCACUUAAAUUGAUAACUAUUCUCUAUGCAUUUGUUAGGAAGAAUCGAUACAAUUAAAAGGUUUGAUUGCAAAUUUCAAAAUAGAGUUCAACAUUGAUCCUCAAAUAAUAUAAUUAAAUUCGUAAGAGCAAGUUCUCAAAGUUGAUAAGCGCUAUUAGGUUCAUUUCGUGUGCUUAGAAUUGUGGAAUUUCCUAAUGAAACAUGUUAAAGGAGGGCCAUGCAUACCUCUAUACACCAUAGAAAUAAAUGAGAUCAGAAAAAGCACUAUUCAUGACUUUACAUUUCUAUCGCAACACGACAUUUAAGAUUUGCCAAAGGGUCUUGUAAUACCUGUAGACAUGACAUAAAUGGAGUUCUUGAUUUAAAAUGAAAAUGAUUCGUUUACUUAUAUAACAAAGGUUGUACCCUUAGCUUUUACAAUCGAAUAAGUUAUAAAUAAGAUACUCUCACCACAAUUCAACGUAACAAAUCAUUUGUGCUUUAACCAAACCAGCAGGAAGGUCAUAUUAAAUAAAACUUCAACUUUAAUCUAUGAAUUGGAGUUUAGAUCUCUAUGGUUUAUUAAACCCAACCAGAAAGACAAUGGAUUUUCAGAGAAUUUCGAUGAAAUCACAAUGUAGUAGGAUUUUCAAAAUCACAUACCUGGUUCAACAGAAUCGACCUUUGAAUCAAGGGAAAUCCAAUCUAUACUAGACAGUUCAAAAUCAAACGAAUUCGAAGAUGAUAUCAAUCCCAACAACAACAGCAAUUUGAUGUUGAGAGAUAUCAGUGAAUUCAAAAACGAAAUAGAAUCCAUUCUAUAAAAUCACAAACAACAGCCUCUUAUACUACUGAAGGAAGAAUAGGCUAUCGAGAAUAUCAAUCAAAUAAUUUUGUAGAUUGAGUAGGAAAACUGUUUCAAAAAAGAGUAACAAGAAGAAGGUACUAAUGAUGAACUUAUCGAUUAUUAAGAUAUUUGA